UUGGACGCAUUGUCUUUGAAUUAUUUGCUGACGUUGUACCUAAAACUGCUGAAAAUUUCCGUGCGUUAUGUACAGGAGAGAAAGGAACAGGGCCUACCACUGGAAAACCUCUCCAUUAUAAAGGAUGUCCUUUCCACAGAAUUAUUAAGCAAUUCAUGGUCCAGGGAGGAGAUUUCUCAAACCAAAAUGGCACAGGUGGAGAAAGUAUAUAUGGUGAAAAAUUCGAAGAUGAAAACUUUCAUUAUAAGCAUGAUAAACCAGGCCUGUUGAGCAUGGCAAAUGCAGGACCUGGUACUAAUGGCUCUCAGUUCUUUAUUACAACGGUGCCUACUUCUCACCUGGAUGGGAAACAUGUGGUGUUUGGCCAAGUGAUCAAAGGAAUGGGUGUAGUUAAAAUGUUAGAAAACGUUGAAGUUAAAGGAGAAAAUCCUGUUAAGUUGUGCGUCAUUGCAGAAUGUGGAGAGCUAAAGGAAGGAGAUGACUGGGGAAUUGUUCCCCAGGAUGGAUCUGGAGAUGCUCAUCCAGAUUUUCCUGAAGAUUCCGAUAUAGACUUGAAAGAUGUUGACAAGAUUGUGGCCAUAGCAGAAGACAUAAAGAAUAUAGGAAAUACUUUCUUCAAAUCGCAAAAUUGGGCAGUGGCAGCUAAAAAGUAUAGUAAAAGUUUACGGUAUGUAGAAGCUUCUGAAGCAGUAGCAGAGUCAUCAGACAAACCAAAGUUAAAGGCUGUUGCUUUGACCUGUGUUUUAAACAUUGGCGCUUGUAAACUAAAACUGUCAGAUUGGCAGGGAGCCAUUGAAAGUUGUUCAGAGGCUCUUAAAAUAGACCCAGCAAAUACUAAAGCUCUCUACAGACGGGCUCAAGGAUGGCAGGGAGUAAAAGAUCUCGAUCAGGCAUUGGGUGAUCUUAAAAAGGCUCAUGAAAUAGCCCCUGAAGACAAAGCUAUCCAGACAGAAACACUCAGAAUCAAGCAGAAGAUAAAAGCCCAGAAGGAGAAAGAGAAAGCAGCUUAUGCUAAAAUGUUUGCUUGAUUUUUUUCUAAACUUUUAAAUGUACGCACUAACUCAUGCAAAAACAUAAAUGGAACUGCUUCUUUCAUUUGCCCUGUACUGCAGUUUUCAGUGUUUACAACUGAAAAGUUUAAUAAUAAAUGGUUCAAAGG